UAGAGUCAUGUGACAUCAUCAGGAAGUACUCGGCUACAUGACACUGUAGUUUACGGGCUGGCGCAGCUUACACCGGCCAGCAUGCUUAUAUCGACUACCUGUUUAUGCUUGACGAAGUAUUUAACAUCUCGUGCAGAAGACAGGUGCGUUCAAGUAAAUGAUUCAUACGUUGACUAAUCAAACCUCUUCUUGAAGCGUCGCUCACUGUGGUGCGCAUGCGUGUGCGGGUACCAUGAAGGUAAAGGUGAUCUCCAUCCUGGAAGACAACUACAUGUACCUGGUGAUAGAGGAGCAGAGCAAACAGGCGAUAGCUGUGGACCCGGCUGUGCCACACCGGCUGCUAGAAAUAGUGAAACGAGAAGGCGUCUCCUUGAUAGCUGUUCUCACCACACACCAUCACUGGGACCACGCUCGUGGGAAUGAGGCUCUGGUGAAGGAGGUCCCUGGCCUGAGGGUGUACGGGGGAGACGAUCGAAUCGGGGGUCUGACGGAUAAAGUGACAAAUGCACAGGAACUGAAGUUUAGCUCCAUCAAUGUGAGGUGCCUGUUUACUCCCUGCCAUACCUCUGGUCACAUGUGCUACUUUGUUUGGGAGGAUGAGUGCACUGACGCCCCUGCUGUGUUCACAGGGGAUACGUUGUUUAUUGGUGGAUGUGGACGGUUCCUUGAGGGUACAGCAGAGCAGAUGUACCACAACCUCACCCAGGUGCUUGGUUCCCUACCUCAAGACACGAAGGUGUUUUGUGGGCACGAGUACACCAUAAAGAACUUGAAGUUUGCCAUGCUGGUGGAGCCAGAAAAUGAAAAGGUUAAGGAGAUGCUGAGCUGGGCCAGGGCAAGAGAUGAUGAUGACAAACCCACAGUGCCAUCUACACUGAUGGAAGAAUUCGAAUACAACCCUUUUCUUCGUGUCUCGGAGGAAGCAGUGCAGAAGUUCACGGGGAAGACUGACCCCAUAGAGGUGCUGAGGGUCCUGCGAAAAGAGAAGGACAAAUUCAAGAAGCCCAAGGAGAGACUUCCUCCUCACGCCAUGCUGGCUCUGGAAUGGGGGCUCCUCAGACCUUGAAGUCCACAUUCACAGGCAUCAGCAGUAGUAUGUAAAUCAGUUAACCAGAGCUAACAGAAUGAGGAUGAGGGUGAAAAACUGAAUGCAGCGAGACACAAGACCUGUAGAGUGCAUUGUUUUGUUGCUUUAAAACAAAGUCUGACCAAUACACCCCUGAGUGCUGGUUAACCAUCAAGUGGAAUCCCCUCUUUGCAUUUAAAAUGCAGUACAAAGCUGCUGUCAUUAAAUAUUCCUCAGAAACAAAUUAAUUUAGAGGCCGGUCUCCCAGUCUCUUACACACCAACUGCACCAGUUAACGUCUGUUAAUACCAAUUUUCAGUAAAACUGUCGAGAUUACAUUUUGUGUAUUUAUUGAUUCAAAUAACUGGUUUUGGAAGAAAUGUAACCUUCAGUUCAUUAUUAUUUGUAUGCAUGUGAAACUUUCAUUGCUUUGAUAUUUACUUUUUUUUUAUAGACAUUUUUCUGUCUGGUAACAUUGCUACAGUUCUCUCAUUUAACUUUUUUGGUCAGUUUAGAGAUGAUGUAUAUGUGUAUAUAUAUAUUUCCCAGUGUCUUUGUCCUCUUAAUUCUGGAAGUGAAAGCUUCAGAUCUAAUUUACCUUAAUUUAAGUGAAUUUGUUUGUCAUUUAGACUCUACCUUGUGCUCACUAUUUUGGGACAGGUAUCGAAUAUGUUAAAGUGUAUUACAAGGGUAGAAAAAUACAUGCAGUGAACAUCACUAUGAAUGUAAAUUGAUGAUUUUCAUCCCAAAGAUUACAUGCACAAAAUACAAGAGCCUAAAAGCUGUAUAUGGGAGUCAAAAGAUUAUUUAAUAAAACAUCGGUCUCAAUCCA